CGAUAAUAAACAAGAGUGGGGGGUAAUUACAACUCUCAAUUAAUUCUUUUGGAUAAUUGGGAUGUCUACAAACGUCUACGUCUUUGUAUUCGUAAUGUACAAACGAUUCCCCACAAAAUUAACCUCAUUUUCACCAAAAAAUGUCGAUUCUUUUGUUGUACAACUGUUGAUUAUUAAUUAUCCACGAGACGACAAACAAAAUUAACAGAUGUACAAUCCAUCUUCUAACGAUCAACAAUCAUCUGCAUUAAUUAAUCCUUCGAUUUAUAACUCUUCAUUAGUCAACCUCAUUAGCGUGUCUCCCGCCCUUUGUUAGUAACGGUUUUACGAGCACCUGAUUGAUGUACACAAAGGACGAGUAUCUUGGCUUUGUAACAUUCGUAAUUAUUAACAAAUGGAGGCUAACGAAGGGUUGAUUGCUGUGCACGUGGGUGCAGGUCAGCAUUCUGAGGCCCUGAAGAAAAAAUACCAAAAGCUUUGUAAAUUAGCUUGUGAGAGGGGCUGUGAUGUCCUUAGGGAUGGAAAAACGCCCAUGGAUGCUGCUGUUGCAGCAACAAUGGUUCUGGAAGAUUCUCCCCUGACCAAUGCUGGUUUUGGAUCCAAUUUAACACUGAAGGGUCAGGUGGAGUGUGAUGCCAGUGUCAUGGAUGGUUCAAGACUGCUUUUUGGAUCUGUUGGUGCUGUAAGUGGUAUAAAAAAUCCAGUUUAUCUGGCUCAACGUCUCUGUGAUAAUCAGACUGUGAAGAUAAGUCAUGGAAGGGUGCCACCAGCUGUACUAGUGGGACCUGGGGCCCAUUCAUGGGCUAUGGAGAUGGGUGUGGAGACUAUUCCAAUGGAGAAUUUGGUGUCAGCACAGGCGAAGAAGAUUUAUCAUCAUUAUAAGAAGAAGCUGGAUGAUCCUGGUGGAAAGAUUAAGGUAUCAGGACCCAGGUUGGAUACUGUGGGUGCUGUUUGUGUUGAUAGCUUUGGAGAUGUUGCUGCAGCAUGUUCCAGUGGUGGAAUAAUACUCAAGACUCCUGGUAGAGUGGGACAGGCUGGUGUAUGGGGUUGUGGUGUCUGGGCUAAACAGGGAAUCGUCUCCAUUGGAUCAUCGACAUCUGGAUGUGGAGAGCAUUUGAUAAAGACAACACUUGCCAGGACCAUUGCAGAGGCUGUUGAUGGGAGAUUUGAAGGGGAUGGAAACUAUGCAAGAAGCCUUCAUGACACUGUCAACAGGAACUUCAUUGGAUCUGAGUUCCUUCAGCCAGUUGAACAGAAGAUGGGAGGAGGGAUUAUUGUGAGGUAUGAUAGGAAGGAGGGAUUGGGGGAUCUCUUGUGGACACACUCGACACCUUCGAUGAUCCUGGGAUACAUGAAUUCCAUGGAGAAGAGGGCAGUGGGACUGACAUCCACUUUGGAAGCCCAGCAUGUGGGGAAAAAGGCUGUGGUACAGGGGAUUCCCUUCAAGUUCUGAUCACCAGGGUUUCUUCAAGAACUGAGAUGUACUCAUUAAGAUAGAAUAAAAAGUUUAUUGAUGAGGA